CCUGUUCCAUUCAACACUCAUUUUCACUGUGGCCUGAAUGAUGGGACUUUAGUGAUAAUCAGUGGCUCGGUCCUUCCGUCUGGUGACAGGUUUGCUGUAAAUUUCCAGUGUGGAAAUGAAGAUAUUGCUUUCCAUUUCAAUCCUCGAUUUGAUGGUGGCCUUGUUGUCUGCAAUACGAUGGAGCAUCAGAAGUGGGGAAAGGAAGAACACAAACGGGAAUUGCCUUUUCACAGAAGACAGCCUUUUGAGAUCCGAAUCCUGGUUACACACCAGGACUACAAAGUUUCUGUAAACAGAAAUCACAUUGUGGAGUACCGCCACAGAAUUCCCAUCCAUCAAGUCAAUAAACUGUCAAUAAAUGGCUGUAUCAGUUUAUCUUGUGUUGAUAUACAAGCUCCAGGGGUAAGUGUCUGUAUCUUUCUGUGUUUCAUUGUACAUACAAUCAUUAACAGUAUUAACUUAGUUUUUCUUAAUAUAAAAAAAUAA